AUGACCUUGGCAGGUCAUAUUUGUGCUCAGAGCGCCACGAGCACUGUUGUCACCACUGCUAUCUCUACGGCCAUACCACCAUCACAAACAUGUGAAGCACAAUACGAUUGCUCAGCCUCACCCAAAGGCUGCCUAAAUAACGGUGUUUGUGAGAACAAGGCUUGCAAAUGUAUGUCUGGGUUCGGUGGUAUUGACUGCAGUCUCCUAGCAUGCGGCUCGCCUUUGAUAGACCCCGCACAACGACCCACAGUUGCUUCAAAUACCAGCUGUAGCUCGUGUGACGAUGGUUUUGGAGGAUUCAAUUGCAAUGUUUGCCAGACAGAUGCAGGCUGUCGAUCGAAACCACCGUCGCGAACAUCCUUCUUGAGCAAUGAGGAGAUGGUCUGCAACAAAAAAUCCGAGGUUUACCAUAAUGCAUACAUGACUUGUGCAGUCCGUGCCCCUGAACUGACAGGCUUCUUCCCUGGAGAGUACAGUCUGACAAUGAGCUUGGACCCAGUCAACAAGACAGUGAAUGCUCAACUGUGGUUGGAUCAUACUGAACAGUUCUUCUGCAGUGCUCCUAACUGCACACUUGCCACAAUAGAAGAGAAAGGUGCUAUUCAAACAAGAUGGGAUUGCCCAAUACUGAAUUGUAAGUGUAUCAAACCAACGCUCAUUUGCGGAGGUGUCCCAGGACCUGUUGUAACACUCGGAAAUGUCGUCGAUGGUUUGAAAGGCCCCUUCUCAUUGAGCUGUCCACAGAACAGUAAUGAGUGCGAUUUUUAUAUUAAAGACCUCAGUGGAUUGUUUCCGACGGGUCUCAAAGUGACGGACUGCGACCUGGGUGAAUGUGUGUUCCCAUCAGAGAUGCAAUCCACUGUCACCACAAUCAAAAGCACUAUGUCCCCAGGUGUGAUCGCCUGUUUGGCCAUUCUGGGCGCAUUGGUUUUGUUCUUGAUUGUUGUUUGUUCGAUUGCCCGUCGGAAUCAACUUAUCCUCAGACGUACACCUUACACUCUCAAUGCCGAAGCAGCAUCACUUGAGUUCCGCAAUGUGGGCUAUACUCUUAAUAAGGACGGACUGGAGAUUCUGAAGGGUAUCUCAGGAGCAGCACCUGCUGGCGUGGUCCUAGCGGUGAUGGGGCCAUCUGGUGCUGGUAAAUCGACACUGGUUGACAUCUUGGCAGGUAAACGCAAGGAUGGCAAGGUCACGGGUCAGAUCCUGUUGAAUGGCAAGCAAGUUCAUGAAAGUGAUAUUCGCAGAGCAGUCGGAUUUGUGGAUCAGGAGGAUACGUUGCCGCCUACUCAGACUGUGUACGAAGCAGUGCUGUACUCUGCCAUGCUACGCCUUCCUGAGGCAAUGCCUAUUCACCGGGUCCACGAGCGCGUUUCGGAGGUGAUUGAGAUGUUGGGAUUGACUCACUGCGCAGAUCGUAGGAUCGGCAAUGUUACAGCGCGUGGUAUCUCUGGAGGAGAGAAACGCCGUGUCUCGAUCGCAUUGGAACUGAUUACACGUCCCCCGAUUUUGAUUCUGGACGAGCCCACCUCUGGACUGGACUCUUACAGUGCACGCAUGGUGGUCGAGCAACUCUGCAAACUAGCAGCCAACAAGACAACGACUGUGAUCCUGACAAUCCACCAACCUCGCUCCGAUAUUUUCUUCAUGUUUGAUCAGACAUUGGUCAUCAGUAAAGGAGAGACCCUUUAUUUUGGACCUACGGACACAGUAGCGGAGCAUUUCCGGCAACGCAAUUUAGUCUGUCCUCCAAACUACAACAUUGCAGAUUACCUAUUGGAUAUUGCCAUGGAUGAUGCGUUAUUGAGCAAAGCCAUUGAUAAAAACAAUAACGAAAAAGCUGGAGCAUCAACUGGACGUGAAAUACACGUUUCUGCAGGAAAUGCUGUCUCACGACACGCUGUUGUCAAUGGUCAUUCAGAGAGCCAUGCAGAAGCUAUACUAACAGUUACAGGCAGAGCAAGCAACAACCCAUCACCAUCAUCAUCUCAUCAAACUACUGUUCAAAUAGAAAAACCAGAGUCCUUCUCCGAACAUCAUGCAUCAGCAGCAGCUUCUGUCAACGAAAAGAGACAAAGAAAUGUGUAUCCCACUAGCUUCUUGACACAAUUACAAGUCAUCAUGAAGCGUGAUUUUCAGAAUCUGAUCCGUGAUCGAUCUUUGCUAGUUCUCCAUUUGGGAGUAUCGAUUGUUCUUGGUCUUUUUAUUGGUGGCCUCUAUUUCCAAGUACCCAUGAGUCUGGCUGGGUUUCAGAACCGCGCUGGGUCCCUGUUCUUUAUGCUUGCUCUUUUGGGGUUUAGUAGCAUAUCUGCUCUGGGGGCCUUCACAGAGACUCGUAUACUGUUCAUCAAGGAACGAUCCAAUGGUUAUUAUCCACCUCUGCCGUUCAUCAUUUCAACCUUGCUAUUUGAUCUAGUUCCACUCAGGAUUGUCCCAUCGCUCUUUAUGGGCAGUAUCUCUUAUUUUAUGAUCGGUCUGACUGCAGACGUGGCGACUUUCUUCAAGUUUCUGUUGAUCCUUGUUCUAUUCAACGUGGCGACUGCUAUGUUCUGCCUGGUUAUUGCAGCAGGAGUUCGGACCACAGGUGCGGCAUCGCUAGCAUCGUCGAUUGUAAUACUAUUCAUGAUGUUGUUUGGAGGAUUCAUGAUCAACUCUGGGAAGAUCCCAGCAGCCCUAACCUGGAUUCAGUAUCUAUCCAUGUUUAAGUUCGGAUUCGAAGCCUUGGCAGUAAAUGAGGUGGCAACCACAAAGCUGGUUGAUAAUAUCCAGGGGGUCGCGUUCAAUGUGCCUGGAUCAUUGAUCCUGCAAAAGCUAUUUGGAUUUGAUCUUGGAGGCUAUUGGAGAAAUAUGAUCAUCCUGAUUGGAUUCAUCAUCCUGUUCAUCGCCAUCUUCUGGAUGCUAGUGACAUUAAAGCUCAAAGAACGGAAAUAA